AUGCAUGUCGGGUCGUUAUGUAUUUACGAUGGCAGCCAGACUGACCCGGAACGCCUGACGGAAGAGGCUCUUAGCCGCACGGUCAGUGAACGCCUGCAUCUCAACGCAACCACCCGACGGCGCCUGGUGAAGGUACCUUUCGAAGCUGACUACCCUUACUGGAUCGAAGAUCGAGAUUUUGACCUCGAAUAUCACCUGCGCCGCGUGGCAUUGCCGAGUCCGGGCGACCGUGAUGCGCUGCAACAACUGGCGUCACGUAUUUUCGCUCGACCCAUGGACAUGACCAAACCGCUCUGGGAACUCACCGUCAUUGAGGGAUUGAACAAUAUUCCUGGAUUACCUCCCAACAGCUUUGCAGUACUCACCAAAACACACCAUGCCGCGGUUGAUGGGGCUUCCGGGCUGCAUUUUCUGGAGUUAUUGCACGAUCUGUCACCGGCACCAACACCCAUUCCGGCGGCACGCGAAUCAUGGCAGCCAGAGCCCGUACCCACAGACGCAGAGCUUUUAUUUCGCAGUGGUGUGAAAAAUUUCACCCAGCCCUUCCGUUUCGCGCAAACCCUGGGCCGCCAAUUCAGCCAGCAGAUGAGUGCGUUCCCUAACGGAGGCGCACCCGGCGGAGAAAACUCGUUCAGCACGCCACCGCAAGCAAUUCCAAAAACACGCUUCAACGGCAUGGUAACCGCCCAUCGAGUGCUGGGAUCAAUCAGUGUCAGCCUCGCUGACAUCAAGGAAAUUCGCCAGGUUGUACCUGGUGCAACCGUAAACGAUGUGGUGUUGGCGGUCUGCGGCGGCGCUCUACGCUCCUACCUGCAUGCAAAAAACGAAAUUGAUCAGACGUCGCUGGUGGCCAUGGCCCCGGUCAACCUGCGUGUACCUGGCAGCGACGCGCAAGAUAGCGAAGCCGCUGGCGGCAAUCGUGUUUCCGCGCUGUUUGUUUCUAUCGGUACUGACAUAGAAGAACCGUUAGCGCGCUUGCAACACAUCCAUGCGGAGACCAGUAAAAGCAAACUCAUACACCAGGCUGUUGGGGCAUCUGAUAUGACCAACUACAGCAAGUUUGUACCGGCUUUUACCGCGGCGCUGGCUUCACGGUUGAUGACAGAAACGGCUGCAAAUGCACCAGCACCGCCGUUUAAUGUCUCGAUCACCAACAUACCCGGGCCCCAGGAACCGCUCUAUUUCAGUGGUUCUCCCAUGGUGACCGCAAUUGGUCUUGGCCCCAUCACACAAGGACCAGCAAAGCUGUUUGCAGCGGUCAGUGAAAUUGGCCCUGUCGAUACGCUGAUUAAUAACGCAGGUGCUGCCUACCAGGGUCGGUUCGCCUCCAUGCCGCUGGAGCGGAUCCACGAUAUUGUGCAUCUGAACAUGAGGGCAUUGAGCGAAACCAGCGCGCUUUUCCUACCCCAGAUGCUCGCCGCGGAACAAGGCAAGAUCCUCAACGUCAGCUCCGUUGUAGGUUUUCAGGCAGUACCCGGCAUGGCCAUGUACAGUGCCAGUAAAGCCUUUGUACUAUCAUUUACCGAAAGCCUGGCUGAAGAAACACGCUGCAGUGGCAUCAAGGUCUGCGCGCUGUGCCCGGGUCUGACCGACACUGAGAUGGUUGGUGAUCUGGGAACAGAUCAUAUCCCCGGCGCGCAGCUGAUGAUGAGCCAGCCUGAGGAUGUUGCCCUGCAGGGUUACAACGCUUUACAUCAGGGGGAAGUGAUACGUGUACCAGGUAUCUUUAACCAGGCUGUUGUAAACUGGGCACAUUAUCAACCCCGCUGGUUGACCAGAACUCUGGCUGGCAUAGCGGAGCGCAGCAACCUUGCACAGCGCCCCGGGCGCCAGACCGAUGGUGGCGUUCCCCUGAACGCUGCGCUUGGCGUUGAUCGCAAAGCGUUUAUGGACGCCUGGGCAGAUAUUUUCGAAACUUCCAGGCAGCAACCCGCUGCGUUAUGGAAUGUGACCCGGGAAUUUGCUACCCAAUUUGCGAGUAUCGCUAUGGGUAACAGUGAUCUAUCACCGGAACCCAAUGAUAAAAGAUUCCAGGAUCCUGCCUGGAUCGAAAACGGCCUGUACCGACGCUUAGGACAAACCUAUAUCGCCUGGACCCAGGCUCUGGACGGUUGGUUGGAUGAGUCACAGCUGGAAGGUAUGAAUCGGGAGCGCGCACGCUAUGUCUUCGAUGCUGCCAAAGACAUUUUCGCACCUGUGAAUACACUGGUGGGCAAUCCUGAAGCCAUGCGCAUCGCUCGGGAAACUAAAGGCCGCAGCGUCAUACGUGGUUUAAAAAACAUCGUCGACGAUCUGCAGCAUAACCAUGGCUAUCCAGCCUGUGCUGACCGCAACGCGUUUAAAGUCGGCCAGGAUGUUGCGGCCAGCGAAGGUGCUGUCGUAUAUCGAUCAGAGCUGCUGGAAUUGAUUCAAUAUCAACCCACUACAGACCAAGUUGUCGACGCACCGUUGUUGUAUGUCUUCAGCCAGGUCAAUCGCUUCUAUCUGGGUGACCUCACACCGGACAGAAGUUUAUUCAAGCGCCUGCUUGAUGCGGGCAUACCGGUGUUUGCCGUCAGCUGGCGCAACCCUAAAAAAGAACAUCGCAACUGGAACCUGGAUUCCUACGCAGAUGGCAUUAUUCAGUCUGUGAGUGUGAUCCGGGAAAUCACAGGUGCACCCAAGGUCAAUCUCAUGGGUUUGUGCGCCGGUGGCCUUGCAGCAACAGCGGCGGCAGGCGUUAUGAAUGCACGCGGCGACGACUGGAUCAACAGCUUAUCGCUGUUUGUUAACGUACUCGACAAUCGACCUGAAGACAGUGACUUUGGACUGUUUGUCAGCGAACGCUCUGUCGAAGCGCAGAAGCAGAUGACGCGCAUGAGCGGCCUGUUUGAAGAAAAGAACGUGUUUGAAAUGUUUGCCAUGCUGCGCUUUGAAGAAAACAUCAUGGGCUUUUUACGCAGCAACUAUUUGAAAGGCGAAGACCCGCUAAAACAUCCACUGCUGUUCUGGUCUAUUGACUACACACGCCUGCCUGCCGGGCUACAUGCAGACUUUCUCGACCUGUCGUUACAUAACAAACUGGCGAAGCGGGAGAUGAAAAUUCUAGGCAAACGCAUUGACCUGUCUAAGAUCGACUACCCUGUUUACAUGAUGGCGGGUUCUACAGACCACAUUACUCCGUGGAAAGCCUGUUAUCGCAGCACCCAGUUGUUUAACGCAGACAAUGUUCAGUUUGUACUGACCAACCAGAACCAUACGCAAACCAUCUCCAGCCGUGACGAUAACAAACACCUGAAACACUGGAUCGGCAAAAGCUAUCCCGCUGACCCGGAAGCCUGGCUUAACACCGUCGAUGAGCACGCGGGUAGCUGGGUAUUAAACUGGAUUGAUUGGUUGAAAGAGAAAAGCCCCGCCGAACCGGUACAGGCCCCCAUCGCCUAUGGUAAUGACAAUUUCCCGGAAAUUGAUGCUGCACCCGGGCGCUACGUGCUGGAAAGUUGA